AUGCAAGAAAUUUGUCUUCCUCCGAACCAUGACACUACAGCUGCUAGUCUCAGGAAUAUUGGGACUAUUUAUUAUGCGAAGGGAGAUUAUGAUGAAGCUUUGGACUAUUCUCUAAAAUCAUUGAGAAUGCAAGAAAUUUGUCUUCCUCCGAACCAUGACAGUACGGCUGCGUGUCUCAUUAAUAUUGCCAAUAUUUAUUAUACGAAGGGAGAUUAUAAUCAAGCUUUGGAAUAUUCUCUAAAAUCAUUGAGAAUGCAAGAAAUUUGUCUUCCUCCGAACCAUGACACUACAGCUGCUAGUCUCAGGAAUAUUGGGACUAUUUAUUAUGCGAAGGGAGAUUAUGAUGAAGCUUUGCAAUAUUGCCUGAAAGCAUUGAGAAUGCACGAAAUUUGUCUUCCUCCGAACCACCACACUACAGCUGCGAGUCUCAUGACUACUGGGAAUAUUUAUUAUUCGACGGGAGAUUAUGAUCAAGCUUUGCAAUAUUGCCUGAAAGCAUUGAGAAUAAAAGCCAUUUGUCUUCCUCCGAACCAUGACAGUACAGCUGCGAGUCUCAUCAACAUUGGGAAUAUUUAUCAUAAGAAGGGAGAUUAUGAUCAAGCUUUGGAAUAUUCUCUAAAAUCAUUGAGAAUGCAAGAAAUUUGUCUUCCUCCGAACCACGAUAAUACAGCUGCAAGUCUCAUGAAUAUUGGGAAUAUUUAUUAUUCGAAGGGAGAUUAUGACCAGCCUUUGGAAUAUUACCUGAAAGGCUUAAAAAUGCGAGAAAUUUCUCUUCCUCCGAACCAUGACCGUACAGCUGCGAGUCUCAUGAAUAUUGGGAAUAUUUAUCAUAAGAAGGGAGAUUAUCAUCAAGCUCUGCACUAUUCUCUAAAAUUAUUGAGAAUGCACGAAAUUUGUCUUCCUCCGAACCAUGACAGUACGGCUGCGUGUCUGAUUAAUAUUGGCAAUAUUUAUUAUACGAAGCGAGAUUAUAAUCAAGCUUUGGAAUAUUCUCUAAAAGCAUUGAAAAUGCGAGAAAUUUCUCUUCCUUCGAACCAUGACAGUACAGCUGCCAGUCUCAGGAAUAUUGCGAAUAUUUAUCGAGCGAAGGGAGAUUAUGAUCAAGCUUUGGAAUAUUCUCUAAAAUCAUUGAGAAUGCACGAAAUUUGUCUUCCUGCAAACCACGACGCGAGAGCUGAGAGUCUCAUGAAUAUUGGGAAUAUUUAUCAAGCGGCGGGGGGUAAUGAGCAAGCUUUGAUAUAUUACCUGAAAGCAUAG